AUAGCUCAGUGAAAAACCGACUUUGUGGAAAGUGAUUUGUGAAAUAGUUAUAAUGUUAAGAAAACAAGGAGAGAAUACCAAUACACACAUCCGUAUCCCACCGAGACAGAGGUAUCCGCUCCGUAGAUGAGUUACGGAAAGUUUAUAUAUAAACUGGCAAUUGUACAGCAACUGUUCAUAGUUCAUAUGAUAUCGACGUGUAGGACCACGAAUACAGACAAAUGACUACAGACGAUUACAACGAUAACUGGAAAAAGACCUCAAGGUCCAAAAUGGUAAAAACUGACAUCUGCUUGUUCUAUGAUGAUGAUGAUGGUCAAGAAUGGUGUAAAUACUGGAAGAAAAUGAUGAGCUGUAGUGAGGUCAAACUGACCAUUGAUGCGUGCACUACAAUGAUAUCCCUACACGAGUUCAAGGCCAAGGUCAAAAAGUGCAAACUUCUUGUCAUCUUGACAACCGGUAAUAUGCUGCAAUUCUUCCAGGAAGACGACAGCCAUUUUGAGUCUCUGAGUAAAAGAACUUACAUUUCAAAUAUCCAUUGUCAUACAUCGAAGGAUGAUAUGGAAAGCAUCUCAGCUCUUGACCGAUUCGUGAAAAGGAAAACAUUUGUCGCUGAAGACGAAGGGCACAAAAAUCGCUCCAUUGUCGGUGAUCUUUUGGAAUUGAUUGAAAUGCAGGCCACGACAAGAAGAACCAAAAUGAGAAAAUUCAAGAUUAUGCCAAGUCACGUCCACGAGAUUGGGGAAACCAUUGCAGUGAUCUUCAGAACUGAAGUUACGGGCCCUGUUGAAAUAUCUAUCGGGCCGGACGGGAUGAAACACCUCGCCAAAAAGAUGAAUCCAUUUACAUAUUCCUUCCAGAUUCCCGACACAUGUGAAGUAUCGGGCAAGAGCAAGUUGAAGGUUCAUACAAAUGGUACCUAUUACGGAGAACACCCUAUAAAAUUGACUCUACCCACACUCGAGCCUUACCAGUGUCCGGCUUUCCUCUCCCAGAUCCUUGGAAUACCCAUUCAUAACGAAGAGGCAUUGGACAAAGCCUUGGUCAAAGUUUAUCAAAAAAGCCAGCCCGACGAUGACGCGUUAGAAUGUAUUCUUGGAGACUUUUACGAGGAUACCCCACAACGUCGAAGCCCACAUGAAUUGCCAACACUUCUCCAUUUUGCCGCCAAAAACGGACUGAGCGAGUUAUGUUCAUUGCUUCUUGACACACCUGGAUCGCUAGCUGCCUUCCAAGUGGAGAACCAACAUGGCCUUGAUCCGGCUGAUUUAGCCGACAAACAUGGACACUCAGAGCUGUGUGACUAUCUUCGUACAUUUGUGGACGUGGAGGCUACCGUACAUGCUUGUGAAGACUUGUAUUUGGAAAUGAGUGGCAGAAAGAUUUAUGAAAACCAACAAACAUUGGGUAUGCAUGAAGAUCCUCUUUCACAUUCAGACAAAACUAGCGAGGACACAUUUAACACGAAAAUCCCACCAACACCUUCAAGAAUUCAAUUAAGGAGCACGAGACGUCACAGCGAACCAACCCCCGAGCCAUCACGGCCGCCACUUCCUGCCCCAAGAAAGAAGCAACAACCAUCAGCGCAGGAAUUCAUGGGAAUGACUAGUAUACAAACUCGUGCUACUGGAAAAUCAGCAACUCUGGGUUGUACAGGCGGUUCGGCCGCGGAGAAUGACCUUAUUGGUAUAAUGUCCGCUGUCAAAGAUGGGGAGUUUACACUCAAUGAGGCGGAACGUUUAUACGAGUCAUGGAAAAAACAAAAUAGUUCCAGUUCCCGUUCUAUUAAGGAACGCAAGCAAGCGCUAGAUACACUGAGGAAGGACUAUAUGUCCAUGUUCGAUAUUGUCAAGGAACAGAGUAAGGAAAAGGGCAUCAUCAAGAAAUUAAAGAACAAACUGGUGAAAAAGAAAUCACAACAAAAUCUUAAUAUAUCCACACCUACCCUGCUGAGAAACUCCAGAGGAACCACUCAACUUGCCCAGGAUCGGAGCAGUGGUUCCAGUAACGGUAGUAGAGUGUCCGACAUCAGCCAAGUAUCUGCUUCCAGUUUCGAUAUGUGUGGAAGCGAGUCGGACGAACUUCUGGACGAGGAGGAGGAGUCUUCCGGAGAGGAUGCCUUCUACUUGAAAAUGUCAGCACACUCCAACAUAGAGACUGGAUCACCCAACGAUGAGGAACCGGUGCAAAUUAGACAGUCGACAUCAUCCAGACAGUCAAAAGAGGCACGUAAGACGCUGCGUCUUGAAUUCCUGGAAACUGCAAAGUUUGCCGACGAAGAGCCUCCUCCUCUACCACCACGAGGCUACAUUCAAAGCAAAAACUAAAAUAUCCAGCAGGCAUGGAUUCAGUGCGGCUUCUACGCAAGUAGACUGUAUAAAAAACAAUCGCUGUAAAUGUAUGGAGCGAAGCAAUAAUUUGAAAUCCCGCAAACCAGUCACUGUAAAUAUAGGGAAGCGAAGCAUUAUUUGAAAUCCUGCAGUCCAAUGGCUGUUAAUGUAGGAGAGUGAGGCAUUAUUUGAAAUCCUAUAAAAUUGUUAGAUGACAUUUUGUAUUUGAGGAAAAACAUGGUGUGUGAUGUCACGGAACAUUCAAUGUCAGGAAAUGUUUGCACUAACACUGCGAUCAGUGUUCACCAUAGUGACAUAAUAUACAAUACAUAACUGUGAUGAUGGUGACAUCAUCGAGUGUCAGUUACCUAUACAAUACAUAACUGAUGAUUGUGACAUCGAGUGUCAGUUACCUAUACAAUACAUAACUGUGAUGAUGAUGGUGACAUCAUCGAGUGUCAGUGACCUACACAAUACAUAACUGUGAUGAUUGUGACAUCGAGUGUCAGUUACCUAUACAAUACAUAACUGUGAUGAUGAUGGUGACAUCUUCGAGUGUCAGUGACCUACACAAUACAUAACUGUGAUGAUGGUGACAUCGAGCUUCAGAUUCUUUUUUCUUCUCAUCUCAUAUUUAUUUUCAAUCCCAUAACUUUUCAUCCGAUACUUCAAAAACAUUGUUUUUGAGGAGUGGAUUUUUGUGGAUUUUGUAGGUAUAUAUGUCCUUGAAAAGGUAAACUGUUGAAUAUUUACAUGAACUUUUUUCAUGUACCACUUAUCUGGAAAAAAUCAAGUUAGCAUUGCACGUUUGUACCCUAUGCUUAUGCUUAUUUGCAUUGUUUUGUUGCAGCAUUCAACUUGAAAUGCAACAUUGGUGACAAAACCUGUGUAUUGUUAUCAUUUAUCAUUGUUAUUUAACUUGUUUAUUUCACCUUCUAAAGUGUGUAUGGAUUCAUUAAAGAAAUACAUUUUAUAAUCUCCUCAAUUUUAUAAAUUUAACAUUUGAGCAAUGAAUUUAACUACCCUCCCCCCCCCCCCCCCCCUAAAAAAAAAUUGCCGUAGUAUAUGUAUACCUACAGUAUGUAAUAACAGAUGCAGUAUGUUUUGUAAGCAAUAACUGUGAUAUAUGUACAAUGAAAUUUUGAAUCCUGUGAUCUUGUGAGUCGAGUGACAUUAUGAGUCGGUCAGGUGACCAUGUGAGUCCAGUCACCUUAUGAGUCAGGUGACAUUGUGAGUCAAGUGACUUUGGGAGUCAAAUGACUGUGUAAGUUGGUGUCAUUGUGAGCCAAAUGACCUUGUGAGUCAGGUGACCUUGUGAAUCAGGUGACCUUGUGAGUCUGUGACCUUGCGAGUCAGUUGAUGUUGUGAGUCAAGUGACUUUGUGAGCCAGCUAGGUGACCUUGUGAGUCUGUGACAUUGUGAAAUCAGGUGACCUUGUGAGUCAGGUGACCUUGUGAGUCAGGUGACCUUGUGAGUCAGGUGACCUUGUGAGUCAGGUGACCUUGUGAAUCAAGUGACCUUGUGAAUCAGGUGACCUUGUGAGUCUGUGACCUUGUGAGUAGGUGACCUUGUGAAUCAAGUGACCUUGUGAGUAGGUGACCUUGUGAAUCAAGUGACCUUGUGAAUCAGGUGACCUUGUGAGUCUGUGACCUUGUGAAGGUGAAAUCAGUCUAAACCUUUGGAUUCUUGUCAGUAUGAAUUUAGAUUUGUUGUAUGAUUACACAUGCAUCCUUAAUUAACAUACAACAUACAAAAUAUUGUAUAUGUUUUACAUUUUUCCUAACAUAUUCACGGAGACAGACAAUUGUUUUAAUGAAGCUAGGAUGUAAUGUAACAUGUAUUAAAGCUUGUGAUAUGUAAAGAUAUAAGAUUCUAUUGUUUUCAUUGUAAUGUACCAUGUUUUACUGAAUAAAUAAAUCAGCUCUUGAAA